AUGCGUGCUCUAGAGAAGAAUAUUUUUCUCUUUAAGUUUUCCUCAGAUGAAGUUGUUGAAGCUAUUUUCAAGAAGGGUCCUUGGAACAUCAAGAAAUAUCGCCUAAACCUCAAGAAGUAUGAUCCAUCCAUUUCUGUUCCGGAUCAAGUCUUUACCCACCAAGAAUGGAAUGUUCAGUUCAAAAACAUUCUCAUUGAACACCACUCAGCUCAGGUUAUUGAUGAAACUCUAAUCGAACUAGGUCCAAAGAUUAAAAUUACACCAGAUAAUUGCAGACCCGUUGCUGGCUCAAUGAUAACUGCGAGAGUCAAAAUAGAUCUUAAAAAACCUAUACACAUAGGGGGUUGGUGGAACACAGCUUCUAGUGGAGUUACAUGGGUUCGGUACCAUUGGGAGAGACAACCUCAUCUUCUUUGCAAGAAGUGUUUCACUAUUGACCAUGAUGAUGAUGAAUGUGAAAACACUGAAUUAGACUUAAAGAUUAGAAGGUACACAAAUGAAGAAUAUGUCAAUUAUUGUCAUAAUCUUGCAAGAGCUUACAGGGUUGAGAUUACUGAAGAUUUAGAUUUAUUGUUGCAAAGAGUAUGCGAAGUAAGUCAGGGGAAGCUUGAAGAGAAAGAAAUGGCUGAGAAACAAGAGGAAGAAAGGAGAACUAAGAGGGAAAGGAGUGAAUAUACAGAAGAGACCUCAAGGACAAAUGCAACUCUAAGUCCUGUAUUGCAGUCUCAUGCUAUUCACAAAAACAUUGCUGGUCUUAAUACUGGAUCUACUGAUAGAUUGGAACAUUUUGAUGGGAUGGAGCAUAAUUUGACUGAAGAAGGAGAACUACCUACAAGAGAGUACUCCCAUGAAAGAAAUGAGGCUACUGUAAUUCUGGUCCUAGCUUGGAAUGUUCAAGGUCUAGCAAAAAGAUUCACCAAAGAUCAAGUUUUUGUUCUGGUUAAGAAACACUCACCUGAUUUCUUGUUUCUCUCUGAAACAAAAAUAGAUAGUGAUAAAAUGAUUUCUUUGUCCAUUUACCUAAGUUACUACAAUUAUGUCCAUAUUGAUAGAGUAGAACUAGAUGGAGGUCUAAUCUUAAUGUGGAUGGAUGGAAUCCAUUGUGAAGUGCAAGAUGUCUCAAAAAAUAUAAUGCAUGUGAUCACUAAAAUAGAUCCUAGUAAGCCAUAUGUUCUUAUUACUUUUAUGUAUGGGUCAACCUAUUUUGAUAAGAAGAAAGAACAAUGGGAAUUUCUUCUAAGAAUUAGUGAAAAUAUUAGACAACCUUGGACAAUAUUAGGUGAUUUGAAUUUCCAUAUGCAUAAUAUAUCUGAAGCUGUUAACCAUACUAUUGAAGAUAGGUAUGUCAAAGAUAAGGUUGAUAUUUGUGGCUUGAUGAAUAUAGGUUACAGUGGUAAACAUUACACUUGGACCAGUAACAGUUUUGGAACUGGCAGUAGAAAAUCUAGGAUAGAUAUGGCUUUAGGAAACAACUAUUGGUGCAAUUUUUUUCCACAUGCUAAACUUAUGCAUUUAGUUCAAGCUGGGUCUGACCAUUGUUUUCAACUGAUUGCUAAACAACAUAAUACAAGAAAAAGACUUUCUCAAUGGAAUAAAAUUGAGUUUGGAGAUAUUGAUGGGAACAUAAAUCUCUUACAAGCUCAACUUGAGACUGCUCAAAAUAACUUACUGCCUGAUACUCAACAUGAAAACAUUGUUAUCCUCACUAAGAAAUUAGAUGAAUGUGAUGAUAUUGCUAAUUUGUUUGUUAGCCAUUUUGAGAAAGUAAGUAAAACUUCCAAGCCUAGUUUUUCUGAUACCACUAUUGAUAUUAUACCCACUGUUAUUACUGCCAAUGAUAACUCUCAGCUCAAUAGAAUACCUUCUUCUGAUGAAAUUUUUGAAACCAUCAAACAUAUGAAUGAUUGGGGUUCACCUGGCCCUGAUGGCUUUCAAUCUGGUUUCUACAAAUAUAACUGGGACAUUGUUGGGAAAGAUGUUACUAAUGCUAUCCAAAAUUUUUUUGAAACAGGUUUCAUGCCAACUGAGUUCAACAAAACUUAUCUUAGCUUGAUUCCUAAGACUGAUAAUGCUACUAAACCUAUGGAUUUCGGACCUAUAGGUUUGCGUAACACUAUUUAUAAGGUUAUCUCUAAGAUUAUGGCUGAUAGAGUCAAACCUCACCUAAAUAUUUUGAUCUCUCCUUAUCAAGCAGCUUUUGUUCCAGGUAGAGAUAUUCAUGACAACAUUAUUAUAGCUCAUGAAAUGAUUCACUCCAUGAAACUUAAAGAAGGUCACAGUGGUACUAUGGCUUUAAAACUUGAUCUUUCUAAAGUCUUUGAUAGAAUUGAAUGGCCUUUCUUAUUAGGAGUUCUUAAAAGUUUUGGCUUUGAUGAGAAAUUCUGUGGUUAUGUUAAUCAAUGUAUUUCUACAACUCAUAUAUAUGUUCUCCUUAAUGAGUCCCCAACUCAUGGUUUUAAUCCAUCUAGAGGACUUAGACAAGGUGAUCCUUUAUCACCUUAUCUUUUCAUCCUAUGCGUGGAAUUAUUAUCUAGGUUGUUUUUAAAUGCUGAAACUAAUCAUCAAAUUUCAGGAGUCAAAGCAGCUAGGAAUGCUCCAGGUAUUACCCAUCUAAUGUUUGCAGAUGAUAUCCUUAUUUUUGCUCAAGCUGAUUUACAUAAUAUUACUAGUAUUCUGAACACUCUUGACUAUUUUGGUAGUGUGUCCGGUCAAAUGCUCAACAUAAGUAAAUCCAGUGUCUAUUUUAGUCAUAAUCGGAGCCCCAACACAAAACAAAUUCUAGCUGAGGAACUCAAUAUGACUGAAAUGAAACUUACUUAG